AUGAACUAUCGAAUAACUAAUAAAAUUAUUAACUUUCCAUGUUUAUGUCAUAAAAGAUAUUUAGGCAAUAUAGUUAGAGGACCAACAUCAAUGGAGAUUAAAAAAAAUCUCGAAUAUGCUAUGGAUAUGUUCAAAGACAAAUCAUAUACUUAUCAUGAUUUCAAACAAAAAUGUGAAUCAUUACGAAUUUUUAUUUAUUUCGGAGUAGUUGGAUAUUGUGCUUUAGAUAUUGUAUUAAACCCACUAAAAUCAUCAUAUUGGAAUCAGUUUUUGCCUAUUAAUAUAAUGAAAAAAUUCUUUGGUUUUUUUUCAAAAGAAGAAAGCAGUAUUUUUAAACACAAUGGGAAUGCAUCCUAUGAAAAAUAUAUUGAAUUAAUUAAAUAA